GUAGUCUAAAAAUUUAGCUGGACUAAAGAUUAUCAAAAUGUUAACCAACUAUUUAUAUUUUAUAUCGGCUUUAAUGAUUGUUUGUGGCCAUUUAAUCCAGAAAGACGAAGGCGAGCUCGUACAACUCAGUAUUAUAUUCAGACAUGGAGCAAGGACAACAGAUAAUUUUUAUCCCAAUGAUCCUCAUAAGAAUCUGACGUUUUAUCCCAUUGGUUUAGGUGGGCUAACACCCGAAGGGAAAUAUGGAGAAUAUGCAUUAGGAAAAUAUUUUAGAAAAUAUUAUGGACAAUUUUUGGGAGAAACAUAUUCAGAAAAAGAUAUUUUCGUUAGAAGUACAGACUACAUUCGUACGAGGAUGAGUGCACAAUUAGUAAUGACUGGACUUUUUCCGCCAAAAUAUAAACAAACUUGGCACCCUGAAAUAAACUGGCAACCAAUUCCAAUUGAUUACAAGUUAAGAACUGCAGAUGAUUUUUUGCAUAGAAGACAUAAUUGCCCAUUUUUUGAAACUGCAACCGAAGCUAUGGAUAACAUCAUUGAAAUAAAAAAAAAGUACAUUGAACCUCAUUCUGAAUUAUUCGAGUUUUUACGAAAGGAAUCUGGAUUGUCUAUAAAGAACCCUUAUGCACUUUUACAGUUUUACUUUAUCUUGAAUACAGAGUCGGAAAUGAACCUAACCCUUCCAAAAUGGACAAAUAGUAUAUUUCCAGAUAAAAUAUAUAAACUUUCCGUAGCAGCUUACGAAUACCAAAAUUUUAUUCCAGAAGUAAGAAAAAUAAAUUCAGGAUACUUAUUUAAGAAAAUACUUCAAGACGCUGAAACUAAAAUGACUGAUACCGAAAACAAGAAAUCCUACAAAGCCUUAUUUUACUCAGGUCAUGAAAUAACCAUUGGAUUUAUGCUUAAUGCACUUGGUGUUGAUCAAAACAGCAUUCCCAAAUAUAGCAGUGCGCUCAUAUUUGAGUUACGAAAGAAAAAUAACUCAUAUUUCAUAAAGUUACGCUAUCGUAAGAAUAUUAAUGAUAACGAGCCUAUGAAUCUUAAGGUUCCAGGAUGUGAUACAUUAUGUCCGAUUGAACAAUUUAAAAAGUUGUAUGAAGAAUUAUUGCCCAUUAUAUCUAUGGAAGACGCAUGCAGACAAGAUUAUACAAGUAAUCAUUUAAAAUAAAACAUAUGGACCUAUAACUC